GGGAUACAUACAAAAGAGCGAAAGCCAAAGCAGAGGAUCUAGGGUUUUUUUCUUCAUAUAUUUUCCAUGGAGUAAGUUCGAUUCAGUCUCUCUGUGUGUGUCUCUGCGAUUCGAUCUUUGUUUAAAUUUCCAUACAAAAUUAGGGUUUCUGAUGAGGAGGAAGUGGUUAAAUCUGAGAGAGACUGAAGAGUAAAUUACUAUAAAUUUUGCAUUUUUUUUUUUUUUUUUUUUUUUUUUUUUUUUUUUGUGAUUUUGGGGGUUUUUAACUCUCUCAGCUCUGUGAUCGAAUUCGAACCCAAAUUUUGGAACUUUCAAAAAAAAGAAGUUUUUGGAUAUUAUUGGGUCUGUAAAAUAUGCGGGGAUUGCACAAAUCGAAAAGGGUUUCUUGGGCUUCAGAUGUAAACCUUUGUCAGGUUAAGCUGUUCCUAUCUGAGGAAUCACCUUCACAAGUUGGGUUGGGCGGUCAAGAUCACCUCCAAGCAAAGACAUCUUUGCUAUUGCAUUCAACUGGUUUAGGGUCUGAUGAUAAUCUGCCUCCUGGCUUUGAAGGAGCUCAUCCUGCUAACCAUUGGCAGAUUAAGUUGUCCCAAAUUCCUAUAAUCAAAUGGAGAUGUCCGCCUCAGUUUGUGCUGAAUGUCGCUUGGCAAGUGGUUGCUGGGGAAGAAAGUGAAGAGACCGAGGUUCAAAAUCAGAGGGAGAUGAGAGUACUUGAAGCUGUUUAUCCACGCCCCUCUGCCAUUCCUCCAAACCCUACUGUUUCAGUGGAUGCAGUAGACUUGGGUCAUGACGACGGGCAGACUCUUUUGAUACCGAUUACUCCUGUUGAAGAUGAAGACAUGGCAGUAGAUUCACCACCUGUUUCCACAACACCAUUUAGUCUUCCUGUAAGCCAACAGCUACUAAUGUUGGCUCCCGGAAUUCCAUCUGCAUCCCAAUGUAGUUUACCCAUCAUUACAAAUCCUCCUAACCAGAAGCCAUCUACUGGAAUGGCUGUUGUAGCAGAACCUGAUGUUGUAGCAGCAGCAUCUGCCACCUUUAAUGCAAUCAUGAAGAGCAAUGAGCAUGGAAACAUGAUUGACCAGGAUUUGCUUAUUAAACUGCUAAACAACCCAAAAAUGAUUGAGAAAUUGGUUACAGAUUAUGGAACAGCCACGAACUCAACAAAGCCAAGGUCACCUCCCAUGGCUUCAUUAGAUCAACCUCCUGUUCACAUUGAUAGGGCAGUGACCAGUACACCAUCAUCAGUUACUGUAUCAAGCACACCUUUCUACCAUCAGCCAAAUGGGGCUGGAGUGGGACCUCCUAAUCUCCGACUUCCUUCACCAGCAGCCAUUCCAGUUUCCUCUUCACUCUCCGUUGGAGCUCCUCCAGCAAAGGACAUGAAUUACUACAAGAGCUUGAUUCAACAACAUGGAGGAGAAAGACAAGAGACUCUUCCACAAUAUGGUAACCGAAACAGUCACCAAGCAAGUGCAAAUCAGGAAUUAGCAAAUAACCAGAAACCAAGAGAUCUGAGACCUAAAAUAAUGAAGCCUUGCAUAUACUUUAAUAGUUCAAGGGGAUGUCGUCAUGGAGCCAACUGUUCAUAUCAGCAUGAUGCAUCAUUCCAGCAACGCGGUAGUAGUAGCGUGCAGGAAGUGCAAAGUGCAAAGAGAAUGAAAUUGGAUAGGGAGAUCAGCAGUUAGUCUCAGUCUCACCUCACUCCUGAAAUUGUACAUUUUCCCCGAUGGAGGCCUGUUGCAGCUCCAUAUUUUAGUUUUCUUUUUGGAUUGGUUUUAUCAACAGAGUAUUUCAACUUUUAACAUUUUACUCUCUUUCUUGCUUGAAACAUUAAAGAUUUUAAUUCUGGUGAGAGCUUUGAUAUGACAGUUAAAUGGCGGAUAUUAGUUAA